CCCACUCACUUUGUCUCUGCUCUCUCAAACCUGUACCUGAAGCUGCAACGACCUCUUUUCUCCAACCCUGACUCCUGAUCUUCCCCUUCCCCGGCAGCCGGCUCUGCUGCAAGCAUUCCUGUCUUUCAUCCCAGCUCCCUUCAGCCGGUGUCUUGAUCCUCUUGCCCCAGCAAUGACGCUCACCCGUGCUCCAUGAGGCUCCUCCAAAUUUCCCCAAGAUGAUCCUCUCGCCCUGAUUUCCCUGCACCCUUCCUCCAGAACCCCCCUUGCUGCUCCCUCGCCCCAUCCCGCCUGCCGCGUUCCUGCCUUGGUUCCGCCCGGCUCCCCGCCUGCGCGCUCCAGGCUGGGUGCGCGCCAUGGGCAGCGGCAGCAGCCGGAGCGGCCGGAUCCCGAGGCGGCGGCGCAGCCCUGACAGGCGGCAGACAGGCCCGGGAGAGACAGCCUCGGAGGGCGGGGCGGCUGACCAGGCCCCGACCGCCGCGGUGCAGGAGGAGAGCGGCUGCGACCCCCGCCCUGCGACGUCCCCCGGCGGCCGGGAGGAGACCCUGCUCCUGCUGGAUCAGUUGCUGGCCGAGUCCGAGGCCUGGGGGCCCCAGGAGCGGACCCCACGAGGCCCCGCCCGGCUCCCACCCGCGGUGUCCCCAGAGAAGAAGGUUAAGGACAACCCUGAAGACAGCUGUGCCUCUGAAGCCCCAGGCAGCAGCCCCAAGAGACCCGAUGGGCAGUCGGCCAUCUCCUAUGAUUACUCUGAAGAAGAGCUCAUGGCAAGCAUUGAGCGGGAGUACUGCCGCUGAGCCAGAUGAGCGGCCCUGGAUACCACUGACCAGGCCUUGCAGAUCUGUGAACUGGGCUAGAGUCAAGGGCACCAGCUUGCUCUACCCGUGACCUAGCCGGAGGGGAAGCACUUCUAGAAUACAGCUAUUUUUCCAAACUGAUCUUUUAAGAUUCAUGGUUGGAGUCCUGCCGAUGGCCUGGCAGACCAAUGAUGAGGGCAAAUAGGUGCCAGCCCACAGGUCUGUGCGUACCGAGCUCUUCUUACUCUGAGGGGUGGCCUGGCUGUGUGGUUCCCCUGGAUUCUGAACUGCAGAGAGCAAUGUGGAAGAAUGGGGCUAUGGAAAUGAACCUUCAAGAUGGGGAUCCAGGUUCCAAAAGAGAGCCAGAGAGAGAUUAAGGGCCACAGGGUCACCUUGGGAUAAUGGUUGGUUCCACUUACUCAUUUUCCAGGUGGGUAAGGGUCAACCCUUCUAGGCAUCCAUGCCACAGGCUUCUAGAAGUUUCCACCAAGGUAUGUUCUCAGUCUUCACACUAAGAUUUCUCCAGAGGGAUGCAGUUACCUCCAUGUAUGUCAGUUUCUAAGGAUGCGGAUGGCAGGCAGCUGCUGAGUGUGUAGCUCUAGGUGGAUGCAGAGAUUGUAUUUCUGACAGCUUAGAGGUAAUAGCAAGCUUCAAGGACUCAGGGCCUGCAUCCCUUGGCUUCUCCCUUCCGUGUGCUGGUCCCCUGCUUGGAUGUAGUAGGAAGAGAGAGGGCUGGGAACCACAGACUGCUUUGGCAUCCCGGUAUUUCAUUAGCUUGCUAUCACUUCCCUCUCAAUUUCUCUCUUGGGAGAAUCCUGGAGGUUCUUUGAAGUCUUUCAAGCCCUAUCAGUUUGGCAGCUCUGUCUUCCAGCCCUGCCAUCUUCCAGAGCCCAUUGUGCUUCAUCCAUCCCUGAGCACAGGGCUGUGGGGCUACGUGAGAGCUGAGAGGGGGGUGCACACCAAAGGUCUUCAUGACAACUGCUCUCCAGCUUCCCUUCUGGCUGGCAGUCUGGCUAACACCAUGAGCCUCUUCUCCUUCUUCCUGCUUGGGUGGAAGGUAGUCACUAUAGUGAUGCCAGGGGGACCUCAAGCAUUCCCAGUCAACAGAUGGGAAAACAGAGAGAGCCUGUGGGAAGGAAGGAAGGAAGGCCUUGUGUAGUUCUAUAGGGUCUUGCUUGGGUGUGGAAGCACCUGAUCAGCUGGUAGGAAGGGUUUGUAGAUCUGUGAGUGGAGGGACAAACCCAUAUCUCUGCGAUCAUCAGGCUGGAGACCCUAAGGCUGCCCAGUGAAUUCAAAUCCAGCCUGGACUAUGUCCUGAGAGUCUGUGUCAUAAAAGGGAUAGAGAAUCAGGAAACACAGGAAACAACAGCAACUUUUGCUAAGGUCAAAACAGGUCUCGGCUUAUGCUGGAUUCCCGGACCAAGGCAGCAGCCUUCACCAGCAUCUUCCUUCUCCUGAGAACAGCUGCCAGCCCAUGAAUCCUCAGAACACAAUCUAGAGUAUCUCAGGAACCAAGGAAGAAUGGUCACUGAGACCGCCCCUGCACCCUCGGUCCUUUGCUGUCACCUGCAAAUGACUCCAUGAACUCGUGACUUGACAAGAGUGCCUUUGAGUACUCAGCUGGGAGACUUGUGCUAUGGUCGGAGCCCAGAGCCACGGAGUGUCGACCAGUCAGCUAAGGGUCGGGUCAAAAUCUCCCAGAGCUAGCAACUGUAUCUUACUGGUGCCCAAAGGACUGCUUUUGCUAUGAAAAUGAAAGCUGUUUCUAUUUUCAUAACACAAAUAUUAAAAAUGCUUAUUUUAAAAGAA